GGGAGGUAGCGGAGGAGCUCGAGCAGUUUGGCGUAAAGCGAGAAGCGGGUAGUACCGGCUCUGCCAGUGAUCGUGACUAAACGAUCCACGAGCGCUCUGUACACGAUCCGUGCGCAACGAUUUAUACCGAGUACCGAGAAACGAUUUUUUCAGCGGGCUUUUAGACAUUCGUAUUCAGUUCGUUCGGUACCACCGUCGCUAAUUUCCCAGUGCGCGUGUGUCUUUUUCAUUUUUAUUCUCCUUAUUUUUUAGCGCGCUAUAAUUAUCAUCACUCGACAGGCGACAUAGCGCGUUGCUGGAGAACGAAGUUACGAGAGAUAAGCGAGCGUCACUGCUAUCCGGAGAACGGCAUUGGUCGCUCCGUUACGAUAGUCGUGUAACACACAGGCCCAGUACACUAAACUCUUUUUUGGAAUUACGUUUUGUUUAUUGCCGCGUGACAAGUGUUCGCGACGAGUUUUGUUUCGACUGCGCUCUGUUUUCCGCUCCUUCAGAUAGGAAACUGAACAAAUUUCGAUCAUUUAAAACGCCCUCGCACUUUUGAGGUUGUACAUACGUUGCAAGUGUAAGGUGCACGAGAAAACGGAGAUUCAACGAUGAAUUCGCUGCGCUGAAUUGAGAUCGAUGCUAAAAGGAGGAGAGAUAAGGAAUAAUCGUUUGAAAAUAAACAAUUAUUGUGACUGUGAGAAAAGUGCUAAGCGGUCUCCCCUUUUUUCGUUCCCUUUCGUCCGGACCAGACGAAAGAGGUUUCAAAUUAGUUUCCCACUGUGCUCCCCAUUUUCGUGCGUUUUAACAACUUUUUCGUGGUGCAUAUCAAGCCGCGAACGAACGACAAAAUCGCAUAAUGUAUUCGGACGGUCACGAGGUAGACGGCAGCUGGGUGCUGCGCGUCUACGUCACCGAUCUCCAGGUCGAGAGGAGUCUUCGGGUCAAAGGAGAGCUUCACAUCGGAGGUGUGAUGCUUCGGCUCGUCGAAGACCUCGACAUCGCGAUGGACUGGUCCGACCAUGCCCUCUGGUGGCCCGCGAGAAACCAUUGGCUGACGCGAACCAGAAGCACUUUGGACCAGUACGGAGUGGCAGCCGAUGCUCUUCUCCACUUCACGCCGAUGCACAAAACUCUGCGUGUCCAACUGCCUGACAUGCGCUGCCUCGAUUGCAGGGUCGACUUUUCCGUCAAGACUUUCAAUGCUGUCAUCAAUCUAUGCAAAGAACUCGGUAUAAGACACCCAGAAGAACUGUCAUUCUGCAAGCCCCUCGAGCCGAACAACCUCAAGUGUAACUUGAAAGAUUUACCGGCAAAGAAAAAAAUAGAGAAUCAGAAGAACGGCCACUGGAACGUGCCCGCAGAUACGAACACAUUUAUCCCGGUGAGUCAGAGCCCAAGAGGCUCGAACGGAAGUCUGGAUCAAAGUAGUCCCUUCAUGUGUGCGCCCGUUACGCCAAACAACAGAAAUCAUAGCACGCCGAUCAGUUCGCCGGUUUCGCAAACUGGAACGUGGAAGAGAAACAACAAUUCGUCAGGCUUCGGGAGCACAGGGUCGUUCAAUGCGAACAACAGCACGAUGAGCCUCGAGGCACUGAACGGCGGCCUGUCCGAGUCGCUGGCUCAGAGCCCGACUUCCAUAUCCGCCGAAAUCCGCUCGAAGCUCGUGCGACCAAAAAGUCUGAUCGAACGUGCAAGAAUGAACGUAGCGUGGCUCGACUCGUCCCUGUCGAUAAUGGAACAGGGCAUCAGGGAAUUCGACACUCUCAGGCUCAAGUUCAAGUUCUACUCGUUCUACGAUUUGAAUCCAAAAACCGAUGCUGUCAGAAUAAACAUGAUUUACGAACAAGCCAAGUGGCAAUUACUCGCUGAAGAGAUCGAGUGCACGGAGGAAGAGAUGCUGAUGUUUGCUGCACUGCAGGUACAAGUGAACCUUCAAGCAAGCGUACCGCAGCCCAGUUACGAAACAAACGGCGGAAACUCACCGAUCGAGGACGACAUCGACGCAGCCCUGACGGACCUGCAGGUUUCUCUCGAAGGCACCAACAUCUCGAAUGGACCAAGCGACAUAACUCAAGUUCCAGAGCUCUCAGACUAUUUGCGUUUCUUCAAGCCGAAGCGUUUCACACUCAAAGCUUUCAAGCGCUAUUGGUUCACGUGUCGCGACCUUCAGCUCAGGUUGUUCAAGUCGCGGGAAGAAGCUAACAGUUCAGAAUCUCCAGCUUACGUUAUAAACCUCCGGGGCUGCGAAGUCACGCCCGAUGUUAAUCUUUCACAAGCUCGUUAUGGCAUCAGGUUGGAAGUUCCCAGCGCUGAUGGAAUGACUGAAAUGUGGAUAAGAUGCGAAACGGAACAACAAUACGCCAAGUGGAUGGCAGCUUGUAGACUCGCCGCCAAAGGUCGUUCACUGGCAGAUUCUUCGUACGAGAGCGAGGUCAACAGCAUCCAGGCUUUCUUGCAGUUACAGAGGCCAGCACCUGCCCCAGCAAUCAGUCCAAAUUCUCUCGAUAUAACGCCCGAAGAUUAUGUAGCACCGAGAUUUGCGAAAAAACUUAAGGGAAAGGUCGUGCAGAGAAUUUUGGAAGCUCACGCAAACGUCAAAGAUCUCGCUCUCAUCGAAGCGAAGCUUAAUUACAUAAAAGCCUGGCAAUCAUUGCCCGAUUACGGUAUAUCGCUCUUCGUCAUUAGAUUUACUGGUAAAAAUAAGGACGAGCUACUCGGUAUCGCGAGCAACAGACUCAUGAGAAUGGAUCUCAGCAGUGGAGAUCACUUGAAAACGUGGAGAUACAACACGAUGAAGGCGUGGAACGUCAAUUGGGAGGUGAAGCACAUGAUGGUACAGUUCGAAGAGGAGAACAUAAUAUUCGAGUGUCAAUCAGCGGACUGCAAAGUAGUGCACGAAUUUAUCGGCGGUUACAUAUUUUUGUCGAUGCGUUCGAAAGAAGCGAAUCAAACAUUGAACGAGGAAAUGUUCCACAAGUUGACAGGCGGCUGGGUUUAAGAGUUCGCGUAGCCUUUAAACAUUUUAUUUUUGUUUCCGAUUAUUUGGUAUUAAAUAAAUAACGCGCGGCGUCGUUAUCGAUGGAUCGUUUUAACAAUUAAUCCCGAAUUUUCAUGGUACGACUGAAUCGUCGAUUUAGCGAAAAAAAUGGCGCUUCGUCGUUCGGAGUUAUUUUGAGAAACGAGAAAACCCAGAGAAAAGUUCGAGUCUUCGCUGACUGAGAGCGCCAUUGGCCAGGAUCCAAAAAUACCGAGCGAUAAAUAAUAAACAGAGAGAAAAAGAAGGGGAAAAAGUUUAUUUAGUGCGCCAGUCUGUUAGCGAGUUGUACUAAAUAGUUUAACUAGAUCAAAGUAGAGAAUGAAAAACAAGAAAGCACCAGACUUUGUCAAUUAUGGAGUUCUGAGCCUCCAUCGAAUGAUCAUUUUUAUCGAAAUUUUAUUAUCAACAAAUGAAACAGCAUAAAUUACGCACACUCAAUGAUCAAUUUCGUUAGUUUCUUUUCAUUUUUCAACUAUAAUCGAGCGAGUCUAAUUAACAGCGCCAUAUUAUUGGGGUCUAUAUUUUUUGAUAAUACGAGAAAAAACUACAAGAUAAUUGUGCCCCAAUGUGGUGACCGACUAAAUCGUUCAAUAUCAAAAACAAUAUCUGAUUUGAGUCGAGCAAAAGUCAAUCUCGAACAGUUUACUAUAUUCUCAACAUCACAAGGUGCUACUUUUUUCGAGAAUGACUUUUCGGGCACUCAAAGUCUGCAGUAAUCGUGUAAAUUAUUUGUUACUUUUAAUGUAAACUAUACAAUAUUAAAAAAAAAAAACAAAAAAACAAAAACAAACAAAAAACUCUCAUAUACAAAUAAAAAUAUGUUAUAUAUGAAUAAAUAUAAAUAUAUAUAUUUACCUUGUAUCGUUAUUAUAUUAUAAUCUGCACAUUAUUACGUUAUUAUACAUAUGUGCAUGUAUAUGUAACCAAAAAUUAUAGUUUUGUAUAUUGAUAGAGAAUAGAUGUACAAUAAAUUUAAUUAUUGCCUAAUAAA